CCGCAAACUAGACAUAUACAUUUUGCAGAGGCCAAGCUUCAAACAGGCAGCGAGCAACAAAAUGGUGAGAGGGAGCAGAGCCCUUUUGAAGGAAGCCGGCGUCAGCAAGGCCCUAUCUGAUCUUCUAGUCUGCCCCCUCUCCAAGCAACCGUUGAGGCUGUGUCCAGAAUCCAAUUCUCUGAUCAGCGACGCCCUCGGCGUUUCUUAUCCUAUAGUUGAUGGAAUCCCUUGCUUAGUUCCAAAAGAUGGCAAGUUGCUUAAGACUGACAACGCAUCAAAACCUGACUCUGUUACUGAGUUAUCCGUUGUGAACAAUGAAUCUUCAGGAGGAGGUGCACAUUGAACAGUAAUGGUUAAAAACAAAAGAAAAGACAGAAGAGAAGGAAACCUUAUACCAUGACAAAGCUUUUUUGUACUUGAAAUUUUCUUGUCUUGUUUAUGCUAAAAGGGUGCGUCAUGGGGGUACAGUAUAUUUCAUCUCUCACUUUGGUACCAUAUAUUUCAUCUCUUACUUAGUUUUAGCACCAAA